UUAGUUUUUGUUCAAAUUACACAAUUAGUGUGAUUCAAUGGAUCAAAAUAAAGUGUUACAAAAAAUAAGUAAUGUUACACAUACAUUUCAGCUAACUCUCGUACUACUACUAUAGGCUAUGUAUCUGAGUUAGUAGAGUAUGUUGGUGAAAUGUUACUUAUAGUCAACAGAAUGAGUUAAAAGUAAAAAAAAAAAAAAGUUUUCUAUUUUUCAUAAUUCUACCCUAAAGAUAUAACCUGAAAGAAGAUGAGAAGUAGCAUACUGAACAUUUAACUUUAGCUCAUUCAUGAACAUGCUUCUCUUUUGAAACAGAAUCAGUAUGGGGUGGAGGGAUUAUAUGGCAAACAAUUAGUAGUACUAGUCAUACAGUAUGGUUAUGAAAACAGUGUUAUCCAAAAAUUGACAAUUUAACAAAUUUCAAUAGCAGGAUUUGUGUGGACAACCAUUUUUCUUCUCAAUCAGGUUCAUCUCAAAUUUAAAUACAUCACACCUGCAAACUCUACACAAGCCAAACUACCAAUAAACUAAAAAUGAUAGCAUUUUAGAAUUCACGUUUUGACAGAAAGUGUUAAAAGGCACAUAUUGGCAUACUAAAUGAUUUUGCAUGUUACAUAUAAUUGGUCUAAACAAAAAACGUCUUUAUUAUAGAACAUAUGGAGGUAUUGCCUAUUUUAUCUGAAUUACAAGUUUUAGCAAAAGUUGAAGAGUUUGAUGGCAUGAUAUAUAUUUAAAUUGAAUUUCAGUUGAUUUUUUAACACUUUAUUUUCAUGGUCCCUUUUGAACAUUCUGUUGACAAUAAGUAAUAUUGCUACUACAUGUCAACAAACUCUCAUUAGCUAAUUAGUAGACUGUCUGCUUCAUAAUUGCAAACUUUUUUGUUGUGAUGGUCUUCCAACAGACAUUCUACUGACUUUUCAAGUACACGUCAACUUAAUAAAACCCUAACCCUACCAGUCUACCAAUAUACUGCUUACACCCUAAUGAUUUAGUAGCAGUUUUAUGUAUAGCCAACAGAAUGUGUUAAAGUGAAACCAAUAUUUCUUGUGUUCUGUGUCAGUGUUCAUUUGUUUCUAUUGUUUUUGUCUUGUCUCUAAUUAUCUGGUAUAUAUUUAACCCUGUGUUUCAUUCAUUGUUGUCUUAGAGUAUGCACAUUUGCUAUUACAUUUGCAACUAACUUUGCCUUACGUUUCCUGACAUAGUUGAUGAUCAAUUAUUAGGAUACAAUGAGGCUAAAGGCACACUUUCAAAAAAAGAAUGUGCUUUUUAUUAUGCCCAUAAUGUAUGAUGGCAGAAUGCAUGUCUGUGUGUACUGGUAUAUAUGGUUUAUAUACCAGUUUCUAUAAAUUUUCCUUGGGGGUAAAAAAAAAAAACGGAGGAUUUUCAAGAUGUCUACCACAAAAGAAAAUAUGGUGCUGGUCGCAUGGUAUAUUUGGUUGCAAACUCUUUUUUUUAGUUGUAAAGGGGUGCAUUUUUUCAACAUGUUCCAUAUGUCUACACUUAACCUCACCCAUGAGUAAUGCCUAAAAUCACAGGAUGUUAUAGAUGAAUGACACUGAUGUACAAGCACCAAUUUUGUUGCAAUUGAACAGGAUUCUAUGAAAUUGUGCUGGCCAAAAGACAUAUAGGCUCUGCUUUUGCGCAAAUAGAUCAGUCCCUUGACUAUGAUAUAGUGAAAUCUGCUGUUCUGAGAGCAUUUGAGUUAAUGAUGGAGGCAUACCAUCAAAAAAUUAAGAACACAUUUGAAGACAACCAAACUAACAUAUUGAGUUCACAAGAGACAAGAAAACACUUUUUUUGAGAGGUAUUUUCUCCAAUGCAAUCAUGACUCUUGCUCAGCUUCAAAAGCUGGUCAUACUAGAGAACUUUAAAAAAUGUAUUCCGGAAAAUGUAGGUGUCCAUUUGAAUGAGCAGAGAGUUACAAAUCUUUAUGAUGCUGCUGUCGUAGCCGAUGGGUUUGUCUUGACUCACCAUAGUGUGCUUUCCCUGAGCAAUUAUUAGCUAAAGACUCUCCUCCAGUGACCGUUCUUGAAUACGUCAGCACUGCUCGUGAAAGAUUGCAUAAAGCCUGUGAAGUUGCUCAAAAACACUUGACUGUAGCUCAGUCAAGAAUGAAGACCCACUACGAUAAGAAAAGUGUAAAUCAUAGUUUUCGGCCUGGGUAAUAAAGAGUUCUGUUGUAAUUUCUCCAUUAUUAUGUCUCCACUUACUGACCUUCUUAGUACUACUAAGAGUUUUAAGUGGAGCACAGAUUGUGAUAAUGCCUUUCAGGCUGCCAAAGAUCUCCUUUGCCAUGUCCCAGUGUUGUCUGCCUCUAAUUUUGAUUUGCCUUUUAAACCCCCUGUGCUACCAAUGCUGGAGCAGUCCUGCUGCAUUAUAAUUCUCCAGGUAUUGACCACCCCAUUUGCUACUUCUCAAAGAAGUUCUCAAAAUGUCAACAACGCUACAGCACAAUUGAGAAGAAAGCCCUCGCUUUGCUGUUAGCUCUUCAACAUUUCAAGGUUUUUUAUCUAGGAAGCAGAGUCAUGCCUAUUGAUGUGUAUACUGACCAUAACCCACAGAUUUUUCUUUCCUGCAUCCUAUCAGCGUUUCAUGUGCUGGGCUUUGUUUGUCCAGAAGUAUAACCUAAAUUGACCCAUUAGUGGUAAAAACAAUUGUGGUGAGUAGGACUAGGACUGCAGAUAUUGAGACACAAGUGGGUGCCCUGCUAUUGGAGUUUUUUGAGUAAUUUUUGCAAUACUUGGGUUGUAAAAUUUAAUGGUGGGGCUGAACAAGGCUGAACAGACUGAGCAGUGGUACUCCAGAGCUGACCAGACUAGGACUCACAAAUGGCUUUCAUAGCUGUGACAGGGCAGGACAGUGACUGAUGAGUGGCUUCCACUGAUACAUCUUGAGAUUCUGCAGUGGUUGCCAUCACCACUGUAGGGUCCACAGUGGUGUCAUCAGAACAAAGAGAGAGUUCAGUAACAUGACAGGCUAAACAUGCAUUGCUGGGCACCACCCCUACAUAUGCUAAAUUGCUACAGAGGAGAAUUGCUACAGAGAGGAGAAGUAGUUCAGGAACAGUAAGGGUUAAGACUACUGGCUUAGGGAUGCAAGCUGUGCAUGCUGAUACCAGAGGUGUAUCCUUCUGAAUAUCAAACUGGGAUAUCGGAAAACUGGCCUCGACAAUUUGAGUGAAACAGACAGGGAGUGACAGGUCCUUAGAUGAGCCCCAAUGAGACUCUGAACGAUCUGUUAUUUAAUAUAAAAGCUUUAAUAUAAAUCAUGGUCAAAAGUACAGGGUCAGAUAACUGCAAAAAGUUAUGGAAAGGGCAAAACACAAGGAUAGUCCUAGGGCAAGUAUGGGUCUACAAACGGAAAAUAAAAUCCAGAGGGUGAGACAAGAAGGGUAGUCAGAAGAUGAACAAAAGUCCAGGCACAAUACAAAGUAAAUCCAACAUAGAGAGAAAAAGGGGGAGAAGCUAAGUAAUACUUAACAGCUAGAUCAGUGACUAAAUAGUGUUUAAAUAGAAAGGAUGAUGAGGAACCCCCUUGUUAUCAAUUACCACAGAAACUAAACAGGUGAGCAGAGAAAACAUGGGAACACAGAAACAAUGCAUAUAGACAUUCAUAUAGAUUGCAAUCACAACAUGGCAUGAAGCUGUUCUUCUCUGAUUACUGAAUACCCAGAUCUUCUGGAGGCUCUGACUCUGACAUCAAAAGCUGUUUGGAUUUCACUUUAUUUUGAUGGUUCCUUUUGAACAUUUGUACCUAUAUGUCAACUAACUUUCAUUAGAAUGUUAGUAGAGUAUUAGUAGACUGGUAGGGUUAGGUUUACAAUAAGUUGACACGUUCUUGAAAAGCUACCUAUAGUCAGCAGAAUGUCUGUUGGUAGAUCAUCACAAUAAAGAAUUGUAAGAUAAUAUUUAAAAAGUCUACUUAUAUUAUUACUUAUAAAUGAAAGUUUGUUGACAUGUAGGUGCAAAGUUACUUACUGUCAACAGAAUGUUCCUAAGGAACCAUAAAAAGUGUUAUCAUUGUUUCCGUGGGAGUAAUUUAGAUGUUUAUAUAGAUGGUUAUUUAUUUUUUGUUAUUGACUUCAUAUCAGAUAUUUUGGCAGCUACUUUUCAUUUGGCAUGAUGAUAUUGUUUCCAUGAUAUUUCCGUUUCCAGUUCUUUCUCUCUUAUAAUAGAGAAUGAGUGUAAUUUUUCCUUAGGGCAUCUAUUGUACACUAUUUGAUGUGAUACUGUAGCUGAUGACUGCAUGGUUACAAAUUUAUCUCUGAUAUGGAUAUUAGAAGUAAAGUAGUUCAUAGUUCAAGUCAUUACUGCUGUACUCUUGGAGAAUAUCAGCACCUGUUGACGGUUUAUUUUUUUGUUAGUUUAGUCACUGUAUUGAAUAAAUACCAAGGGUUAUUUUUGUUUUCUUCUAAAAAAGUGUUCUUUCCCACCAGACUAUACAAAAUACUUCUAGUUUUGUUUUUCUCCAGCUGUGGAAUUGAAAUUACUUACAAAGCAUUAUUUUGUGGUGGAAGUGACGCUUCUACCAUACUUGUAAUAAGGUGCAGAGUUUACAGGUUUAGCUAUACAGAGUUCACACAAGACUAGAUAGUGAUCUGAAAUAUCAUCACUUUGCUGCAGAAUUUCAACAAUAUUAAUAUCAAUUCCAUGUGACAGUAUUAGAUCUAAAGGAUGAUUUGAACAAUGAGUAGGUCCAGACACGUGUUGUCUACCUCAAUAGAGUUCAGAAUGCCUAAGAAAGCUAAUCCUAAUGCAUCUUUCUCAUUAUCAACAUGAAUAUUAAAAUCGCCAACAAUUAAGACUUUAUCUGCGGCCAGUACUAACUCAGUUAGAAAAUCAGCACAUGAUUCUGUAGAUAAUGUUAUAUGCAACAGAAGAGUUAUACUUAAAGCCUGCCCUCUGAGAAGUACUGAGAAUAUUGUUAUAAAUUGUAGCAACACCUCCCCCUUUACCUUUUAAACGUGGCUCAUUUUUAUAGCAGUAAUUUUGGAGGGUAGACUCAUUUAAAGUAACAUAAUCAACUGGUUUUAUCCAGGUUUUUGUUAAAGCAAAUCUAGAUUCUGAUCAUUGAUUAAAUCAUUUAUAUAAAGUGCUUUCACAAUAAUUUGCUUCUCUGUAUUAUAAACAGUCACCCAGCUGCCUGCUGCAAGGACUCUAAUGCCGGAACUGAAUAAUGUACAUGAAUUACUGAACUAUCACAGAGCAAACGAGCGCAAGGAGAAAUGAAACAGAAGACCAGAAAAGGAAAACAAUAGGCAUGUAAUAUAAACGCGAGGGAUUAGCUAUCGGCUAACGAAUACUUAACACACUGCAGCCACGUUACACGGUUUUAGGUUAAAAUCCAACGAUAAACAGUAAAUUAUUUCAGAUUAGUUUAAUAGAUAGUAUUAGAAAUAUGAAGUUAAUUAAGUUAUAUUUGAUUGCUUUAAACAACAGGGAGAAAAUAAACAGAAGAGCAAAAGCUACACGGUGCUACAAACACACAGCCUCUCAUAAACAAAAAACACAAAAAGACAAAAUAAAAAUUUAAAGGUAAAUACGUCCAAAUGCUCUGCCAGAGUGGACACUACUCACUAUGGGAAAGAACUGUAUGAAAUAGCUAUGCUCAUCACUAUUCCACAAUGCAAAGCAAUAAAGCUGGACAUUUUUUCACUUUUGUCAUCUCAUCAAAGGGCUUGAAAAAACUAUUUUCUUCUUCUUCUUUUUUAUGGUCCAAAAUUGAUCUAAAAUCCUGAAAAUGUUUUACAGUGUAAUGAUGUGUUUGAAAAUGAGAGUAUAUAUCAAUAUCUAUCUACAUGCUUAUCACGUAUGUAAAUGCAUAUGCUCAGAGCUGAGAGUGUGUGUUUGAGAGCGAUAGCAUGAGUGGGAGUGUGUGUAAUUACCCGUCUGUUACUGCAUGUGUGUGUGUUUAUCCCUUUCACAGUGAGUAAGGCGAGUGGGCGACAGCAGCAACUGGUCUGCCUGUGUGUUGUUGCACAGCAGACAUGCCUCACACUGCACGAUAUUACUCAUUUCCUCAGCCUUGUGUACAUGCACACACACGCACAAACUCUCACACGUUUUCACAGUCAGCCUCACAGCCUUUCGACAUGGUGUGACACCACAUUUUGCCCGUAGAUUUGCACACACCAAUGCCUUACUGGUGUGUCUGUCUGUCUGUGUUUGUGCGUGCAUGUGUGUGUCUGUGUGUGUGUGUGUGUGUGUGUGUAGAAGAGCUGCAGGUGUGAUGGACUGCUGGAGUAAGUGGCAUCACAUGGAUAUCUGCUCAGCACACCCCAUCAAGGUCAGUUGCAUCAGGUACUCCAGUGACAUUCAGAAAUAAGUUAUAUCUGUGAAUCAAGUAUACUGGUUAGGGCUACUGCAAGAGGUGAGCGGGAGUUCUGAACGUGGCCGUGUGGUGUGUGCGUGAUGCUGAUCAGCAGAAGAACAUGUCUUUCUCCUAGCCCGUUGUUCUUCCCAGCCCAUGUAACCUAGAGUGGCCCAGAAGGCCCGGGGGAUUGUCCCAUGAAUCCAAGCCCAGACCGCAGCAAGGAGUGUCUCCCCCCCAAAAAGCGGGACUCCCGACAGGGCUCAUCAGAUCAGCCGGCCCCAGAGGAUGACUUCAAACCCCCUGCCCCUUUUCGAAGCCGAAGGCAGCACCACUCCACGGAGGGACACCGAGAGAGUGGGGAUCUUCUACCACCGCCUCCGCCCACGCUGCCAGCCCUUCCUCUGUCGUUGCCUUGGCAGGUGUCCUAUACUCCCUCUGUGCAUCCCUCAUACCUUCCGGUCCAGGUGGGACAGAGGCGGGGGUCAGCUUCGGCGUCCUGGAGAGAGGCGUUGUGUGGACGGGGUGUGGACGGAGGACUGGAGCACACUGCUGCCCAUCACUCUCGUUGGCUGAGCAGCGACAUCCCCCCGAUUAGCAUGCAACCGCUCAUCUCCGUGCCCAUGUUCAAAAGUGUCUACGCAGGCGAAUCCAGAGAAAUGUGGUCCUAUGGCCCCGGUCGGCGAGACUAUAGCUCGUCUCUCUUCUCACCUCACCUCUUUCCACAGCCUCCGGUUUAUCCCCAUGACACUCUCUCAGAAAGUAGACUCAGGUACCAAGGCAGACGGCCCAAUGGUGUCGAAGGCACAGAACUUGUGUCUGGGCCUAGCAGAAGGAUGCCCUCUUGCGAUGAACGUGGGAAUGACAAUGAUGGUCUGCAUGCCAAUGGCAGGAGAAGACAGGACAACACAGCAAGACAGACCACCGGAAGAGGCCUUCUGCCACAAGAGAGCACAAGUGCACAUUCCUCACCGUGGGACAGGGACCCUCGGGGAACACCCAAAACGCCAAUACCCCCCUCGCCAGAUGCAACAGGAAGAGCCGUCACUUCUCAGGACCAUUUCGGUAGUAGUGCCUCUCAGGGUGGGGCUCAGAUCUUCUAUGCUGUGGGGUCCCUUUGCCAAUCUGCCCACCAUAACUCUCAAAAGUACCCACAGCUUAGUGCUUCUGUGUCCUGCUCCCGGAGGAAGUCCCAGCACUUCCUGCACAGCCAACCCAACAGCCAUGGGGUGGAGACAGAAUGGGAUCCUUCAGCAGGGUCCUAUCAUGCUCCUGUGGCUAUGCUCACCGGCCCUGACCCACCCCCUUCUGCAGUCCUACCUCAUUUUGCCAAAGGUUCUCUGAUCGAGCUGGCCGGCGGCCAUCUGAAGAGGGUGGAGGAACUAAAGACAGAGGAUUUUGUGCGCAGUGCUGACACCUUGCCUGAGUUUCACCUGAGCACCUGCACUAUUCUUUUAAUCUCACCCGGACCCACAUAUGGCUUCAACCACUUGCAGGUCUUGCUCACAGACCGCAACACUCAGGAGCUGCUCACAGUCUUGGCAGAGUAUCCGUUCUUCGUACGGGACCGCGGCUGGUCUUCUUGCAGUCCCCAGCGGAGCGCACAGCUGUAUGGCCUGCAGUGCCGUCAGCUCAGCACCGGCGAUGUGUGUCUGGCACUGACUCCCACACCUGCUUCACCUCACCUCAGUCACAGGCGCUCGGAGGACGCAGUGGUGGUAGAGAGGAUGCCCCCUGACCCCGCACCUCCGUCUCCGUCAGAGGGACAGCCUUCUCCUUCUGGUUUACUAAGCCAGCCGCCCCGUGCCCGAAAGAGACGCUGGUCGGCCCCUGAGCUCCAGCCAGGAAUUAAGACUAGCACCCAUUUACCUCAAGGCUCUAAACACGAGAGACAGCAGUAAGGUUUCGAACGGACACCACAGGAAGGUCUAGAGUCUAAUUAUUGGUAACCUCACAGAUACCGUGGAAUAGCUAGUAAAUUGUUCCCCUUCUUUCCUCCACUGUUCAAUGUGAUUUCAGAAUGUAGAACAACACAUGCUAGCCAGUUCCAAAAUGCACAGUGAGACAAUCAAAAAUCACUUCUUUGUGAUGCCACGCACCUUUUAGUUAUGCUAAUCUCAAGCCUUUUUCUGCAGGGUAUGUCUUUUUAAUCCGUAUUAUAACAAGCCAAUACUACUGGAAGAAAAAAGACAAAGUACACACAUAUAUACCAUAUUACGAGUGUUCUGUGAAUAUGCUACAGAAAUAGUCUACUGUUAAAUCUGUAAUGAAGUCUUGUUUCACGCUUAUGAACUGUGCAUGUACCUUCAGUCUAGCAGGCAAGCUGAAUGUAUUAAGCAGCCUUCAGCCAGGCUUUCAGUGUGGGGUCAAUAUGCUAGUUCACGUUAGCAUUACGCUCCAGCCUGUUCUUAUCGAGGGAAGAGACACUAAUGUGGGAAUGAAAAGCACACGCGACCCUGGGCCUGGUGUUUUUGAAGAGUGAUGGUGCUAAUGACACAUCAGAAAAGUCCUCUGGUGAUUGUGGGUUUCCCUUUGACAUUUCAUUGUGAAAAAGGACAGAAAUCUAGUGUUUUGAAAUCAGAUACGGGUAUAUCUACUCAUGAUUAAGCACACUCUAUCACUUUAUUUUUCUCUCUUUUUUGUGGUUUCUCAAAUAAUGUUUGCUGUUAGUUUUUUGUUCCUUUGUAAAUGUUCUAAUUGCUCUAAAAAUGUAUAUUUUUAAAGUUGUGAGACUGUAAAACAAUGUUCGCUAGAAAAAUAAAAGAACAGCUUUUUAGAUUUA